GCCAGCCAUAUGACGCCAGAGAAGGUCCUUUUACUGUAACAAUAUGGCUGCCUUCUGCAAAGGCAGGAGCCGGUUUAAGCGUGUAUUGCUGCAACAAACUUUCAUAAGAAACUUAACAGGGACAUUUGACUAUGAUGUCGCGGUUAUUGGUGGUGGUUCUGGGGGCCUGGCGUGUUCAAAAGAAGCCGCUCAGUUUGGGAAGAAAGUCGUCGUCUUAGACUAUGUCGAACCCUCCCCAAAAGGCACUAAGUGGGGUCUUGGUGGGACCUGCGUGAAUGUUGGCUGUAUUCCUAAGAAACUUAUGCACCAGUCUGCCCUACUGGGAACAGCGGUGAAGGAUGCUGGGAAAUAUGGCUGGAACAUCCCUACUCCUGUGUCACAUGACUGGCACACUAUGGCAGAGGCUGUGCAGAACCACGUCAGGUCCCUCAACUGGGGCCACCGGGUCCAGCUACAGGACAAGAAAGUGAAGUAUCUCAACCUGAAAGGCAGCCUGCUGGAUGAGCACACCAUAAGAGGAGUUAAUAAAGCAGGGAAAGAGACGGUCCUGACGGCGAAGAACAUCGUGAUCGCCACGGGAAUGAGGCCCAAGCUCCCCGCCGAUGUCCCUGGAGCAGAGGAACAUGGCAUAUCCAGCGAUGACCUCUUCUGGCUCAAAGAGUCUCCUGGGAAGACGCUUGUGGUUGGUGCCAGCUACGUGGCCCUGGAGUGCGCCGGCUUUCUGACGGGCAUCGGCCUGGACACCUCUGUCAUGGUGCGCAGCAUCGCCCUCCGGGGGUUCGACCAGCAAAUGGCCGGUCUGGUGACAGAUCACAUGGAGUCGUACGGCACGCGGUUCUCCUGGCAGUGUGUUCCCCGGAGGGUGGAGAAGCUGGCGUCGGGCGCCCUGCAGGUGACCUGGGAGGACUCGGGUUCGAGGACGGAGCACAGCGACACCUUCGACACCGUGCUGUGGGCUGUAGGGAGAGCGGCUGAGACCAGAAAGCUCAACCUGGAGAAAGUGGGGGUGGUGCUGGAGAAGGAGUCUGGGAACAUCAUCGUGGCGGACAACGAGGCCUCCUCCGUGCCGAACAUCUACGCGAUCGGAGACAUCGGGGAGGGUCGUCCUGAACUCACCCCCGUCGCCAUUAAAGCUGGGAAGCUUCUGGCCCGGAGGCUGGCCGGUGCCUCGACUGAACUUAUGAACUACGACAAAAUCCCCACCACGGUGUUCACCCCUCUGGAGUACGGCUGUGUGGGGCUCUCUGAGGAGGAGGCAGAGAGACGCUACGGGAAGGACGGGAUCGAGGUAUAUCAUGCCUUCUACAAACCCCUGGAGUUCACCGUGGCAGAGAGAGAUGCCAGCCAGUGCUACAUUAAGGCGGUGUGUUUGCGAGACGGAGACCAGCCCAUCCUGGGACUACACUUCACUGGGCCUAAUGCUGGAGAGGUCACACAGGGGUUCGCCCUGGGCUUACAGUGUGGCGCCACCUACCGCCACCUACUGGACACAGUGGGCAUCCACCCAACGUGCGCAGAGGAGGUGGUCAAACUCAACAUCACCAAGCGUUCAGGUCUGGACGCCACGGUAACCGGCUGCUGAGGUUAAGCCCCUCCCUGAAGCCUUGAGCACACAGGGAGCCCCGCCCCCUCCUGGUUAAGCACUGCUAGCGUUAGUGCUAUUAGCAUUAGCGUUAGCACUCUCUCCACCGUCCGUCAAUCUACUGAACACCAGCACUGUUAAUACCAGCCCUGGGUCAGUUACGUUAUCGUUUCUACACUUUACUGAGCUCUUCUGGUGUAUUGCAACCUAUGAAGUAAUGUUCUCAAAAAGUGCAAACCCUGCCUUCUGAUGCUCUUGGUUGGCUCAAUUGUGCCAGGCAAGAUCAAUCGAACACAGAAAAGUAUUCAAAACAAUUACGUGAUUGACGCAGGUCUGGUUAUUACCCUCCACAUUCUGCCCCCCGGUGCCCUACCAAACGCCACACACACCGCUAACACUUCCUCACUGAUCACAACACUUAGUUUUCCCUCUGGAACGACGCAGCGUAAACCUGAGGUUAGCAUCACGCUUAUGAAAUAUUAUCAGCCGAGUCUCCUGCUUGUUUAUAAACUACGACUGAAACAUCGGCCGAAUGUAGGCCCCCGUGUUUAAAGAAAGCAACAGAAGAAGAGAAGUGGAGUGAAUCGUGGGUACCAGGAAACCCCAAACCAGAGUGACUUCAUAAACAGCCCCAUAAAUCAGCUGCAGUGGUGGCUAACGCUGUUGAAAUAGGACCGUAAAACGGCGGCUUGGUGCGUCUGGACUUCGGUUCUGCAAAUAUUGCCCUUGCUCCGUCCGUCCGUCCGUCGGUCCUUCCUGUCCGUCCGUCUGGAGCUCGACACGCUCGGCUAGCUCUGCGACACUGAUGGAUGGGGCGGGAGCCGUCGCCAUGGGGACGCCACUCCGUUUCCCGUGGACGCAGACAAACAUUCGCAGAGCGCGCUGUCAGUCAGGGGAGAGGGUCCGCGGGGCGGGGAAAAUGCGCUGUGUGUUUGGGUUAGAGACCUCCUGCGGUUCCCCCGACACUCGCUGGAAUAAAACACCCCCCGAUACUCGCAGGAAUACAGCCCAAACACAAUAACACUUUCUGUCUGCCUCUGCCCUGCAAAUCUUCACCGAGCUGAAAAAGGCUGGAUCCAGAGGUGGAAGAGAAUGGGAGAGUUGCCUGUGGGAAGUAGCGGUAAUUAUACGAUCCUCCAGGAGAUGGUGCUAUUGGGCUGUUUCCAUCGUACUCAGAAAUGCACCAUUCAUGAUAUUGUAGCUUGAUUAAAAAAGGAAAAAAAGAGACAAAGAAUCCCUUACAGAGCUGUGAUACAGAAGGCGAUCCAGUCGUCCAAUAUGAAGCCUUAUCUCCUGUUUUAUCAAGGCGAAGGAAUGAAGGAAUGGACAAAAUGCGAAAUUAACAGAUUGGCUGAAAUGUGUAGUACGCUUGACAACAUUUCCUUGAGGGAAACACUACAGGGCUUCAGACAUUUUUAUCCGUCAGCUAGUUUUAAUUUAAAAUCGAAACAAGAAAAACAUAUGCAUAAACAAUACACCCCCCCUGUCCCAGGGUGUGGAUAGGAUUGUGUGGGGGGGUGGGCAGAACAGGGGGUGCUGGUUUAUUUUUGUUUGAAGUCUAAUCUGUGAGCUCUGAGUUCUGACGGGGGUGGAUGUGCUCCCAGGACAGUUUGUACCUGGGCGGAGACUCCUGUGUGUUCUCUUCAGGGAAGGGGGGUGCUGACUGCUGCUGGGGGAACCCUGACCCCCCUCCCUACCCAAAAUAAAGCGCACAAACAGGGCUGGGGCGCCAUCAUUUCACACAACAAAACGCCGAUGUUGUUAACGGUAAACUGUUACGUCUUUAGACAUUUCUCGCUGAUGCACUUACUUAUUUAUACUGCUGGAUAUUUCACCAAUCCGUUUAGUUCCUUUGCUCAAAGCUACAGUGGCAUUGAACCUGCAGCCUCUAUGUUGUGGGUCCAGUUCCCUAACCACUACACUGCACUGCACUGCUGCUUUGUCUCGGUCAGAGGUGUAAAGCCCAGGGCUCAGAGAGUAAAAGUCUGAAUUGAAAAUAAAUUUGUUUCACAACUUAGUUCUGUCUCCUGGCUGAAGAAUUGUGCCAAUUAACAAAUCUUAUUUGUGGAACAAAAUACUUGUAAGGACUUUUACACACUGGAUACACCUCUGAUACACACACACACAGCCACACAUAUCAAAACCUUCUGCACUAUUUGACAACAGAUGCCAAGAGAGAAUACUGAAAAAAAUUCAGCAUUUGGUAAGUGCCUUGAUGACUUGCUUAAAAUGGCCGCCCAGCCCGACUGAAUCACACUGUUUGGGGUCAGGGUUCAGAUUUCUGGGGUCCAGUUAAUGAAGACGAGUACCAAAAACCCUGAACGGGACGGGCAAGUCUGAUGUCCCCUGGAAACCAACUUCCUCUAAAUAAUUUAUGUGAUUUAAACUGAAGCUUCCAGUGUAAUUAUUUGUGAUAAAUGAGCUUUGUUUGUACAGCAUUGUUGUAAUAUGUAUUAUUAAAAUAUUCAUGUAUGUGCACAGUCAA